AUGAUUUCAGAUUUGCUGUGUUUACAUUGCCGCGUCAGCAUGAAAAAGAAAAAAGAUGUUGUGAAGCAUCAAGCGAAAGAUGCGAGUGUUAGCGUGAGUAAUAACGUCCCUGUAGCUUCCCCAAGCGCCAUGGAGAUAGACGAUCCUGCCAGCCCUGAAGGCAAUUUGCAGUGGUUCCCGGAUUUACCUCGAGUUGAUGCGGAAACUCAUCUGAAGACUUUAAAUGGACUCCUUUCAAGAGAUGAGAAAAAUCCAGUGGUGAUGGAGGAGCUGGACGCCCUUCAGGCAGAUUUGGAGUCCGCCUUGUGUCAGGUGGUAAUGCGGCAAGCGAUCGUAGAAUGUGAGCUGAAAGCGUUGAAAGACGGCGCACCCGCAUGCAACACUCCCAAGUUCAAAAAGUAUUCGGAUCAGUCGACAUCGACAAUGAAACGCCAUCCGAUGUACGACGAAAUGAAACCACCGAAGAAGAUAAAAGAAGAAAAUAUCAACUCUGAUUUUUCUGGGGCUUUCAACAACGCACAAGCAAGCCUGCCUGUCGAUUAUAUGAACGAUGCGGAUCCUUUCGAGCAUCAUGUUCAACACGAAGAAAGCCCCUUGUCACCGCAUAUGAUAGGCAAAUUUGCGAUUCCAAAUAAGUUUUGGAAAUCUGUCGAACCCUAUUGCGCUCCGAUCACGCAAGAGCACGUGACAUAUUUGGAAAACUUGAUCAAAGGGACGGAGGAAUCGGAAAGAUUGUUGAAAAUUCCUCCGAAAUUGGGAAAACGGUGUCAAGGCGAUCGAUUCACUGAUACCACAGAUAAAUACUUGAACUCCAUCGGAAUUCCUAAGAAGCGUAUCCAGGAUGUUCGAAAAUUAGCAUCUCCAAUGGGACCACAAACGCAGCGUCUUCUGGGUGCUUUGACCCCGGGUGCGAGUACGAAGCGGAAUGAGUGCUCGUCAUCUAGCGGUGUGGCUGAUAGGAAACACUUCAUGGCAUCCCUGGAUGUGACAGGAGCAGAAGAUGUAGAGCGACGAUUACAAGCGGAACUAGAAGAGAACGGAAUUUUGGAGCCGGACGACGAAAAUAAUAAUGCCGAUGACGAGCUCUUGACUGAUUGGAAGAUGACCGCUCGAAAAUUGGAAAUGGUCACGAAAACGAACAAAGAAAUAUUGACCUAUUUGCUCAAGCAAGCCGAAGUUCAUCUCAAGAAACACGAAAUAUUUGAGCGCUUGGAUGUCAUCGACAACAAUGCGAUGGAAGCUUUACAAAAAAUACAGCAAUCGAAGCUCAAGAAGUGUGUUGGACUCUCGAAGAAGGAGCGCGAGGCAGGUUGGAAGCUUCUGAUGGAGCGCCAAGAACUUGUUGCAAAAUUGAAGCAGCUAAAUGAAGAAUUGGACGCUUCCUACUCCAUGCCAUUUCCGAAAGUUCCCGGCGUCAGUUCUGCUAUUUCCCUAGAAGAAAACGGCCCAUCUGACGCCGGAAAUCAUCCCGAAGCCCGUGGUUCCGAUGCGGUGGAAGGCUCAUCUUAGUGUUGAUGUGUUCCUUAUUCUCGAUUCGCGCCCUUUUUGCGGUAUACCUUUUCGCAUUAUGAUUUUUGUGUGGAAUUGGCCUUCGGAAAAAUCUCACUUCGCUCAGUGUUACUCCGUCUCGUGAUCUGUUCUUUAAGUGUAUUAUGUCGCGAGACAAGAGGAAUUUCAGAUGCAAACCAAGAUUGUAUAACUUUUGUAUGCCUUGGAUUCUGAAGAUAGAUCCCGAUUGGCCUGGAUGAAAUCGAAAUAAAACAAAAGUUCAAGUUUAAA